AGACUUGAGGUAAGAUUGAUUAUAUUCGUUGUGGUCAUAUUUAUUUACCUGGAACAUAUGGGAACACUGCCAUGGGCACGCCGGAAUUAAAAAUAAUAUUGGAAUUUAGUGCAGGAGCAGAGCUACUUUUUGGCAACAUCAAGCGCCGUGAGCUCGCCCUGGAUGGCAACCAGAAAUGGACAAUUGCCAAGCUGCUGAAAUGGAUGCAUGCCAACAUCCUGACUGAACGACCGGAACUCUUCCUUCAAGGAGACACUGUGCGGCCUGGAAUUCUGGUCUUAAUAAAUGACACAGACUGGGAACUGCUGGGUGAACUGGACUACGAACUGCAGCCAAGAGACAAUGUACUGUUUAUAUCUACCUUGCAUGGCGGUUAAUUAAUUAUGCUAAAGUAUAGAUCUAGGCAAAACUAUAUUUUUAUAUGAAAACUCAUUAAAUUGU